AGAGGUCUGAAUGAGUUAGGCACAGAAAGAAAGGGGACACUUGGAAAGUAAUAGCAGGUUUUCAGUUUCAUUUCGGUUGUGCUCAGACUGAAAGAAAGUGGGGAAAAGAUUACAACAUAUCCGGGCGAAAGAAAGAGAAAGAAAGAGAGAGGGACAGCACCCUGUAAUUUCAUAUUAAAGACGGGUGAAGCAGUUUCUCUGAGGGACCCUGAAGAGCGCGGGUUGCCAUGAUAAGGGGUUGGGUAACGUGGCUCUCCAUGGUGUCCAUCACCGGGAUGGUGAACGGUGCCCGUGGAGGAUACGGGAUGAGUAUGUUCGCGGCUCAGUCCUCCACUCCGGACCCGUGUUACGACGAGAACGGCAACCCGAGACGCUGCAUCCCCGACUUCGUGAACUCCGCGUUCGGAAAGGACGUGCGCGUCUCCAGCACCUGCGGCAGCCCCGCGUCCCGGUACUGCGUGGUGACCGAGAAGGGCGAGGAAAGAUCCAGAGAUUGCAACAUCUGCGACGCGCCGGACCCCAAGAAGUCGCAUCCACCCGCGUAUCUGACAGACCUCAACAACCCGCACAACCUCACCUGCUGGCAGUCGGAAAACUACGUGCAGUAUCCGCAAAACGUGACCCUGACGCUGUCCCUUGGAAAAAAGUUCGAGGUGACCUACGUGAGUCUCCAAUUCUGCUCACCUCGCCCCGAAUCCAUGGCCAUUUUCAAGUCAAUGGAUUAUGGCAAAACCUGGGUGCCCUUCCAGUUCUACUCAGCACAGUGUAAGAAAAUGUUCAACAAGCCGAGCAAGGCGGCAAUCACCAAGCAGAACGAGCAGGAAGCGAUCUGCACGGAUUCCCACACAGACAUGCAGCCUUUGACAGGUGGCCUCAUCGCUUUCAGCACCCUGGAUGGCAGACCCUCGGCGCACGACUUUGACAACUCUCCCGUGCUCCAGGACUGGGUCACGGCCACCGAUAUCAAAGUGACCUUCAACCGGCUGCACACGUUCGGCGAUGAGAACGAGGAUGACUCGGAACUGGCCAGGGACUCGUAUUUUUACGCGGCGUCGGAUCUGCAGGUCGGUGGUCGGUGUAAGUGUAACGGACACGCGUCGAAGUGCGUCAAAGACCGGGAAGGAAACUUGGUGUGUGAGUGCAAGCACAACACGGCGGGACCGGAGUGUGACAGGUGUAAGCCGUUCCACUAUGACCGGCCGUGGCAACGCGCAACGGCCCGGGAGGCGAACGAAUGCGUCGCCUGCCACUGUAAUCUACAUGCUCGCCGCUGCCGUUUCAACAUGGAGUUGUACAAGCUAUCGGGCCGCAGGAGUGGAGGGGUCUGUCUCAACUGCAGACACAACACAGCUGGACGCCACUGCCACUACUGUAAAGAGGGUUAUUACCGAGACAUGACCAAAGCCAUCUCACACAGACGUGCAUGCAAAGCGUGUGAUUGCCAUCCAGUUGGCGCUGCUGGUAAGACCUGCAACCAGACGACUGGUCAGUGCCCAUGCAAAGAUGGCGUGACUGGCAUCACUUGCAACCGCUGUGCCAAAGGCUACCAGCAAAGCCGUUCUCCCAUCGCCCCCUGUAUAAAAAUUCCUGUUGCUGCACCUACGGCCACUUACAGCAGUUCAGAAGAGCCAUCAGAUUGUGACUCCCACUGCAAGACCUCAAAAGGCAAGAUGAAAGUCACCAUGAAAAAAUACUGCAAAAAAGAUUUUGUUGUCCAGAUUCACGUACUAAAAGGAGACAAGGCGGGCGAAUGGUGGAAAUUCACCAUCAACAUCAUAUCUGUGUAUAAGCAGGGCGGACACCGCAUUCGCAGAGGAGACCAGCUCCUGUGGGUUCGUGCUAAAGACGUGGCGUGCAAGUGUCUGAAAAUCAAACCCGGCAGGAAGUACCUGCUCAUGGGUUCCGAUGACGACGACUCCAGAGGUCAGAGCGGCGUAGUGGCGGACAAAAGCAGCCUGCUUAUCCCCUGGAAAGACCUAUGGGCCCGUCGGCUAAGAAAGUUCCAGCAACGUGACAAGAGGGGUAAAUGCUAGAGGGGAAACUUUGAAGAACAGGAGGGAAGACACAAUAAUGACCCAAGCACCUACAAGUUGGUGCGGAUGGUUGUUGUUGUUGUUGUUGUUGUUGUUGUUGUUAACAUUGAUCAGAAUUGUGGUGAAGGACAACCAUUUUUGCAGUUUUGCCUUCCAUAGUAAGUAAUUUGUUUCCCAUCAAGAUUUUUAUUUUUUCAUAUCUUCAACUUUGCAGAAUUUGCACCUACUGUUAAGUAUACAUAUAUGUAAAGUCGUGUUAGUGUGAUCCUUUCUGGUGUCUCUUUAUGAUUUCUGUCUUUUUUCACAAAGGAUGAAAGAGAAACAAGCUACUGAGUCACUAUAUCUGCGUGAAAAUGAUCCUGCAGGAUUAAUGUGUUGGCUUCUAGGACAGUGAAUAUUUCAAAGCUCAAAGUACAUACAGCACACGACCAGUCAAAAGUCUGGAUAUACUACUACUCAUGAUUAUUAAGUUCUUUUGAUUAAAAGGCUUAUGCAUAAGUGCAUGAAGUGAUUUUGUUGGCCAAAAUAAAUUGUUCCUAUGUAAACAUUUCUUCCCAAAACUAACAUUAUAAUGACUCCUUCAGUAGUGUUUAAAAAGAAAGAUAGCUAUAGUUGUAUAAUAAGAGUUAUUCUCUUGGUCACUAUGUAAUUCUCAUACAUAAAUGUUGUCUGAUACAAAAACUCGAGACUGCUUGGUCCAGAUGUCUUCGAGCGCAAUAGCGCAUUGGUGGAAGGAUGAGUUGCCUGCUCGUUGGUUUGACGAGGUGUGUUCCUGUAACACUGACUGCCCCCUACUGCAUCAACGUGGUACAUCAAACUUGAUUUGGUCCGAUGGUAGGAUACAGGUCAAGGCCAUGAUUACACAUCAUUUUUCACAUAAAUAAUUGCACUAAAUGAAUGCAUUAAAUAGACAGCCCAAGCAAUAAAAAGAAAGAGUAGGUGUGUCCAAACUUUUGACUGUUUGUGUAUAUUAUUUAUAGUUUUAUGGCAACAUAUGCAAGGCAUGAUUAUGAUAGAAUCGUAAAAAAGAGAGUCUUUAGUCAAUCUGUGGUUUUAAGCCAAUACAUGCCAAAAUUAGGUAAUUAGGUCUAACCAACAUGUCUUUUGCAAUCUUUCCUCUCAGAUUGAAAAUCUUUUGACAAUGCCUCACUGAUUAAGUAUUUUGAUUGGUUCAAAAUGGUAUGACAUCAUAAUGAAAUUAAAUCAUAAUGUUAUGAAUCAUAAGCCGCUACUUUAGGCCAUUGAUAUUAACUGUGGUGAUGUGAUCUUUAAAGUGUGAAGUCUACCUUCUUUUCCAUAACUAGCUAUAGUAUGAGUUUAGUUAUACAAAUAGAGGAUUAUUUUUAACCACUUUAUGAUUAUUUGUAAUUGUAUUUUCAUUAUGAAGAAGUUCCCUAUUCAUUGUUAUAAAUGUACAGAAUAAAUCUGAGAUUUUGCAGACAUUUAAAAUGCAACACACCCAGUAUUCCCCAAGAUUAGGCGUCUGCUUAUCUGUAAAACUGACUGAAAAAAAAAAAAAAAGGUUUCAUGUUUUUUAAUUGUCCUAAUUGUUCUUUGAGUUCUGAUAUGAAGACAAAUAAAUAGUGUGGUCAGACUUUAAAGAUCUACAGUAGAUACUAUAAAUGAGACAUAAAACAGGUAAAGUUGAGGGAUGAUGUGAUUAAAGGUACAUUUAUUCCAUAAUAUAAAAAAUAAAAAUAAAAAAAACAAUGAAUAAGAGCCUGAUUUGAAUACACUUCCAAAAUUGUCUUUGGAUGGUUUUCACAGCUAUAUUUACCAGUGUAUACAAAACGCAAGGUUACAUCCUUCCAAAACAAAUGAGAUAAAAUCGGCUCUUAUUAUCGAGUCAAACUAAAAUGUUCUGCGUUAUCACUUAUGUGGUACCUUUCUAUGUUUGGUACUGGUGAUAUGUAUGCUCUACUGUUAUUUGUAUAGUUGUAUAGUUUUUUUUUUUGUACAAUAUUUAGUAGAUAAUAUUCACAAGCUAUUAACCCUUUUUAUGCCAUGAACUUGAUAUUCUGAAAAGGAAAAAAAUAUAUUUUUUAGUGAUUUCUUUGUUUACGUAAGUUGAUAGUGUAGAGAGGGGGUUGUACAGUAUCUAAGUGACAUGAAAAUGCACACGCGUGCACACACACACACACACACACACACACACACACACACAUACACAUACACACACACACACACACACACACACACACACACACACACAUACACACACAUAUACACACACACACACACACACACACAUAUACACACAUACAUACACACACCCACACACAGUUAACAUUCUGUUACUGUCAAGCUAUGAAACUCUGACAGUGGAUAAGACGUAAAAGUCAAUGACUACAGUUAAUAAAAACUCACACAUGAUCUAGUCUUUGGAGACAUCCUGACCUCACAAGUACACUUUGACCAGUUUUCCAGACAUUUUGGACAGCAACUGUUUUGAACUGAAGUUUUUGAUGAAGACAUUUACUAUGUUCAUGGCUCUCAUGUAUAUGAUGUUUUACUGUAUACUUUGCAAAAGCUGUGUAUUGUCAAGUAAUGCAUACUAAU